GUCAACUGAAACGAUUUUCGAAGUUCGUUUUUCUUAUAAAUUUAGUUAGAAAUUACCAUUCCUUAAAUGUUUUUUCAUAAAAAUAAUUUUUAUUUCGAUCAUCCAGGUAGAUACGACAUCGUUAAUUUCAACCCGGUAAAUUUUAUUGUAUGAGUUAUCUGCCCUUUAGGCGAACCUGAAAUUUCAAUAUGGCGGCACAAUAUGAAAGCGAUUCGGACGAUAGUAUUCCUGAGAUAGAUAUAUCACUUAGAGUUAAUGUACAGCCCUACCAGUACGAACCAGUUGUACUGCGCGACUCAUCCCCACUACCGGAAAACGAUAGUGAGUCAGAAAUCAGCGAGGAUCAAUCGGACGAAUGCCCUUCACCAUCUGAUAUGCAAUGGUGCUCGUGUGGUAAUUGCAUCGCAAUGCCCACAAGAAGGGAGUCUAAAUGUUGCCAUGCAUUUAGUACGAUUGUACCGAGGCUUGAAGAAAUGGGCCUGUCCUGCAUCACGGAUCACGAGGGUUUUGUGGCAAACUGUCUCAACAGAUGGGUUUUGGAAACGUCCUAUUACGAAUACAUUCAAGAUAAUGGUCCUUUGGAAGAGGGGGAAUUGAUUCACAGAGUUUACAGACAUCUAGGGUACAGAAGAUUCGUUCGUUGGAUCUGGCAACGGCUUGGGAAAAACAACCGGAAAGUUCUUCCAUCCUGUGUUGUGACUAAGAUUAGAAAUUGUUUUCCAUCACAACAGUUCUGUGGAUUUAAAUACCCUUCUUGAUUUAUAUUAUUAUGU